UUUGGCAAUACUAAACUCGUGUCACGCAUGGGGUAUGUCCCGUGAAUAAAGUUUCUUAUGUAUGUAGUAUGUAUUGUUGUUACAUAUGUAUAGGAAAUUGAAAAAUAUUAAACAGGGAUUUCAGUUUACAUCGAGGAUACAUAAUGGCGCAUAGUCUAAACAAAUAAGUGCUUAUGUGUAAACAAAAUUGCAAGUUAUGAGUGAUGAUGGAUCAUAGCCGGACCAGGAGUCACGGCUGAUAAGCAUAUUAUGACGUUCUGGUUUUUGUAAGAACUUAUUAAAUAUUAAAUACGUAUAAAUUGUUUUCUUCUUCAAGUAGAUAUAAUCUUUUUUAUCUACGAAAAUCACAUUAAAUGUGGUGUGUUCAAGCUUUAAUUUGGGGAAUUCCUUUGUGUCAUCCUUCCAUCUUUGUUUUUAGUGUGUACUACAUAAAAUAAUUUUGGGAAAAGGUAGAACAAUUUGGGGCACUGAAUUUUAAAUACUCAAUGAAAGCGAAGUGGAAUCAAUAGGGGUUAAAGAUUGACAUUUGUGUUUGAACUUUUUUGCGUGAAAUUUUUCAUAUUUCCAAUGAAAUUCGUACUAGCAAUGUUAACCCCGUGAAGUAGGUUACGAUUGUAUUUUAUUGUCACAGGACGCAAUAAAAGUGGAAUCAAAACAUAUUUUCAAUGUUAUUAUAUAGUUUUCAUUUUGUCUUUUUAUUUAUUUAAAUGCAACUUUGGUAGAAUUUUGAAUAUGGCAUGGCUCAAUACUAUUUUCCAUCUGUAGCUAUAAUAAAAUGACAUUGACGUUAGGUUGCAUUUUGCAAAAUUACAGUUUGUGAGUCUGUGCGUUGUCAAGCAGAGGUCUUGCAAAUCUUUGUUAUUACGAAAAAUUACAUUAAAAUUGACAAUUACGAAUUAUAACGAAUAUUAUGUGCAUCUAUUCGACCUGAGAAGUAUUACUUAAUAAUGUGAGAUAACCCUUUUCGGCGUAAUCUUGCAUGUAAGACUGUAAGCGGAAAAAAUCAUGAAUAGGUUUUGUGGAUCAGAUUACAGUGCUUUAAAGACAAUAAUUUUAAUUGUUUCACGAGAAUUGAGGUGUUGUGUUCUUGUUUAACGAUUUAAUAGGUGUUCUGUGUAUUCCACUGCAUCAUGAUGGAAGCAUGCUGCUCCCGGUUCACGGCGGCCGAGGGAGGUGCCCGGCUGGCAGCCGCAGCGGCCACCAAGAACAUCCUUGCUGUGGAGUAUGCCAGCUUCAUACCAGUCCGGCUGCUAUACGAGAAGGCUUAUCAGAUAAGAGGAUCUUUUUCAACGGGUAGGAAGCGCUCCAUCUACAUAACUCGGGCCUCACGAGUGCAGGUCGUCGCCUUCGAGCUGAACAUCCUCACAGACCUGGCUGCGGUUGCUGCACAGCAUUAUGAUGAGGUGGAGGACUGGACCAAGGAGUUGGAGACCAAGGAGGUCCUUAUUGGCACAUCUUCGGUUGUGAAACGUGUUCUCGAAGAGGGUAUUUUAAACAUACCCAAUAUCAACAUUAUGAUCAUCGAUAGCUGCCACUUAAUAUACAAAGAUGAGGAUUUGCAAUAUAUAAUGAAACAAUACAAAUCCUGUCCACAAGAUCACCAACCACUGAUCUUAGCGCUCACCUACCCUCUAUUCACAACUAAGAAGCAAGGCAAAGAGGAUGACGACAUGGGCCGCUACGAGAACCUGGACGACUUCAGCAUGUACGAGAAGUUGGAGUGGAAGAUUGAAGAGUUGGAGUCGGAGCUGUGCUGCCAGAUGGACCUGGCCGAGGAUAUUGAUGGGGGGAAACGGAUGUCGGCUUCGGCGACGAAACCUCGCGAGUUGGUGAUAGAGUACGGCUCCAGACCCUCGGAUGAUGAGCUGCCUCCACUCUAUAAGGCUUUGGAGCAGUUCAUGAGGGAUUGUGUUCAUGAAGCGAUGGAGUUUAUUAAUGAUCAUAGACACGAUCCCACUGAGAUCUAUGGUGAGGAACUCUACGAAGAGUUUAUGAACAUACCGGACCCUACCAUAGACCCGAAACAGAUCUUCAAGCAGUUUAUAUAUGUUCUGGAUCAGUUAGGACCCUACGCGGCAGAUAAAGCAGCAUUCACACUACUCAUGAAACUGGAAAAACUGAAAAUUAAAAUCCCAUACGAGAGACACUUUCUACUUCUCUGUCUAUGUACAACGGUCUUUAUAAAGAUACGAUGUUAUUCAGACUAUCUGUUCUCACAAUACGAAGAUGAAUGGGAAAAAAUAAAGACGUUUUCGUCAAAAAAGGUUUUAAGAUUAGCAGAAAUACUCGAAAAGUUCCAACCCCCAGAAAUAAAGGAUAUUAAAUUGAGGAAGGAUAGUACAAAUAUCCCGGAUACUAGGGAUACUGCGAGUAAAACCAAGAAAAUGCUUAACGAUAUUGAAGAAUGUGAUUUUAAUUCACUCGGUAAUAAAAUUGAGGAUAAAGUUAAUGCUCUCGUUUGUAAUUUAAAAGAAAUAUACGACUAUCCUAGUGAGGAUAUUAAACCGGAUACUCCGAAUGAGAAUGAUAGUCAGAAAACCGAGAUUAAUACUGAUAUUCAAUCUAAAUUAAAUGAACGUGAUACUCAGAACGAGAAUACUCUGAAAAUGAAACCGGAUACUCCAAUGACCGAUUCAAGUAAAUCGGAUACUAAAAUAUCUACAGAAGAUGAUGAAAACAUUGAAACUAUAACUACAUAUGGUGAUACGACAUCUGAUACAGGCAUAAGUGGAUGUGAUAGUGGCUUAAACAAGCCGGAUACUAGUAUGAAUCGGCCGGAUACUCGAAUAAACAAGCCGGAUAGUGCUAACAAUAGGCCGGAUAGUAUCUUAAACUCACAGGAUAGUUCAAAUAGUCCAGAUAUUGUUGGAAAUGUCAAAGGAAAUGAAUUAAUCCCUGCUAGAGGCCUAUUAGGGUUCACUAGGAGAACAGGGCACAGGUUGAGAGGCAGGACUAGGCUGCAAAGGAACAACGCGGCGAGGGUUCUGCAGAUGCAACAGAACCCCGACGCGUUGUGCGGCAUUGUGUAUAUGAAGGAGGCUUUGAUAGCGAAGAUUAUGUUCAUGGUGAUCGUGGACAUGAGUCGAUGUAAUCCUCGUCUGUCGUACCUGUGCGCUCAGUACUGCGCGACGGAAACCCCAGCGGACCCGGGUUCGGAACCCCGCGAGUGUCAACGGCAGGGCAAGAAGCAAGAAGAAGUACUAAAGAAGUUCCGCAUGCACGAAUGCAACCUAUUACUAGCCACGUCGGCUCUAGAAGAGGGUAUAGACCUGCCUCGCUGUAAUCUGGUCUUAAGAUGGGAUGUGCCAGCCUCCUACCGUUCGUACGGUCUCUGCCGCGGCCGCGCGCGCGCCUCCCGCGCCACGGCCGCGCUCCUGUGCAGCGACAACAGCGAGAGUACAGCCGUCUUGUUGCAACAUGUCGCCAUAUAUAAGGAGCUGGAUCAGAUCAUAAGUCGUAAAUGCGGCUGUGGCAUACAAGAUGAACCGCCACAAUCAGAGGAAGAACACGCGGACACCUUCACAGGCUUCAUCAAACCGUACACACCGAAUGACGUCACACAAAAAGAUAAAGUCGAAAAGAAAGGAAAGGGUUCAAUCGCUGAACGUAUCGAAGAGGCUUUUAAAGUUAAAGAUAGGAUAAAUGAAGUUGAAAAAGAUAAAGAUAUAUCGAAAGAUACAGAUUUGGAUUUGAUAAAGAAUGUUGCUGAAGAUAAAGAUGAUUAUACGGUAAAAGAUAAAGAUAUAUUAGAUUUAAAAGGUAAACCAAUAUCCAAUGUUGUAAAGAAUGGAUAUUUUGAUGAAAUUGGAUCUAAAAGUACUGAUUUGAAUACAGAUGAUAAUUUCAUCACUUUAAUUGAUAAAACAGCUGAUUUAAAUAUUAAUAAUGAAAUACAGAACAGUGAAACAGGAGAAAUAGAAGUCAAAAUUGAACAAAGAGAGCAAAUUCAAGAAAAUAAUGAAAAACGACCAGAAUCGGAUUCGAAAAUGGAACUACCGAAUUCAAAUUCGAAAGUCGAAAAUCCAGAUUCGAAUAACAAAGAACCAGUGUUGCCAGUUAACGAAAUAAAUCGUGAAGAGAUUCUAUCUAAAGUUUAUUGUAAUAAGUGUUACAAUGUUAAAAUUAAUGGUGUAUGUUUGUGUGUCAAUGUGACAUUGUAUUACACUUUAUUAGCUAAAAGUAAUAAUAAAAUUGUGAAGAGUGAUAGCAAAAAGAGUGUGAGUGAUGAUGGUGUUGCCAGCGUUGAUUUGAGUACGGCGAUCGCGUUGAUUAAUAGGUACUGCGGCAAGUUACCGUCGGACACUUUCACUCGUCUCGCCCCCCAGUGGUGGAUGGAGGAGGUCCAGCUCCCACUCCCGGGGUCCGAGGAGACCAGGCCAGGGUAUAUCUGUACUUUGAGAUUGCCGUUGAACUGCCCUGUGAAGUAUAAUAUAGUUGGUCACCCGAUGCCCACGAAAGUCUUAGCGAGGAGGAUGGUAGCCCUCCAGGCUUGCAGAAUACUUCAUAAGUCUGGGGAACUUGACAACCAACUGAUGCCCAUAGGUAAAGAGAACUUUAAAGCCGUGGAACUAGAAGGUACUAAUAGUGUCGGCGCGUACAACAGCGAAUCGACUGAUAUGAACGACCCGGCUCGUCCAGGGACAACUAAACGAAGGCAGUAUUAUUAUAAGAGGACGGCAUGGGCAUUCACUGACUGUCAACCAGUUAUCGAUACAAGCGAUUCUGAGAUAGAUCCACCUUCUCAUGAUGGACAGCCUAAGGCCAGUCCCAUUCAAGAACCAACCCCACCGAAGAUAACACCAGGCAAAAAACGCAACAUGCUUUACGCAAUAGUGUCCAAGCUAUGGUGCGCGUUACCAGAGAGGUACAACACUAGAGGCCGUCGGCUACACGCGCCACAACACGCGAACCAGGCCAUAGGCAUACUCAUGGCUAGACACGAACCAGACAGCCUGCAGAUCCCGUCGUUCCCUGUGUACACGCGCUCGGGCGAGGUCCGCGUGUGCGUGGAGCACGUCCCCGGCGCGGACGUGCGCCUGUCGCCCGCCAGGGGGCGCCUGAUUAGACGGUUCAUGAAAUUCGUCUUCGCCGAAGUUUUGCGUGUCCGUCGACGAGGCAUGAAACUUCAGAGUGAGGGAUCGACCCACAACAACUAUUAUAUAGUGCCGACUAAUAAAACGACCCUACCCGACGGUACAACGAAAAUCGACAUAGAUUGGGCUUUCCUAGAACUCAUAUACCAACACACAGAAAACAAGAAAUUAACCGACAUAGAGAAACCGGUCUUCUGGCAGCCAGAGGAAGAGUUGCAGAACGGAAGGAGAAGGAGAAAGAAGAAGAUGAUGAAUCCACUUCUAGAAGGAGACGAGUCGUUUGUCUUCGAUGCUGAGAAGUAUAAAGAGGCGGUUGUCACGCCGUGGUACAGGAAUCAGGAUCAGCCGCAGUUUUUCCUGGUCGCGGAGAUAUGUUGGAACCUGUCCCCGGACUCGUCGUUCCCCUCGGCGUCGCACCAGUCGUUCCGGGACUAUUACAACAGCAAAUACGGAGUGACCCUCACUCAGAGAGACCAGCCCUUGUUGGAUGUGGACCAUACUAGUGCUAGACUCAACCUGCUGACACCCAGAUACGUGAACCGCAAAGGCGUUGCUUUACCCGUGUCGUCUGAACGCACUCGCCGCGCCAAACGCGACCGCCUCGAUCAGAAGCAGAUCUUAGUCCCGGAGUUGUGUCGCGUGCACCCGUUCGCCGCGCCGCUGUGGUUCGCGACCGUGGCCCUGCCGUGUGUACUGUACAGAAUAAACGCACUACUCAUAGCCGAUGAGAUUCGCCGCGCAGUAGCCAUCGACGUCGGUCUCGGUAUACCGAAGAUUAACGAGAAGACCAUGCCAGGGUUCCAGUGGCCAGCCCUAGACUUCGGUUGGAGUCUGGCUGAGGUAUUAAACGCAGACUCGGAAAAGAAUGAAAGGAAGAAAGAAGAAGAACUUAAGAGGGAACAGAAGGAGAAAGAGCUAAGGGAAAAAGAACGUCUGGAAAAAGAAGAACAGGAGAGAAUAGAACAAGAAAAGAAGAACGAAGAAGUAAAAGAGAAGACUAUCAACGAUAUAUUACAAGAGAAGUUGGAUGCUGAGGGUUUCGAGAUAGGCACAUGGAGUAACGACAUGGCUUCGGAAAUACCCGAGACGGAGUUCGAUGAGAUGUUGGAACCUUUGCCGCCAAACUUCACCUUCUGUACUUCCGCUUCCGGCGGUACAAGUUGGGCGGAUCCGGUGUCGAAGCCCAAGUUUACGAACCAGUUCAAUCCGACGAGGGAUUUCUCGAUGGCGGACAGCGAUGAUUCAUAUAUGUCUAGUGAUCUAGACUCAGACGACACGGAUCUAGACUAUGAUGGCAGCGAUGAAGACACAGACACCACUGGGUUCUCGAGCAGUAAGAACACUAAUGCCGCCAUGGGUGUCCGUAUAGAGUACAAGACGGCUCACGAGGCGGAGGCUGUCGAUGUUGAACGAUGUAAGAAGGUGAAGCCCGCGCCCGCGCCCGACGACGAGGACGACGCGCGCGACAGGGACACACACGAUGUACUCAUUAGACAGGGUACUGCGCCUAAACAGUUCAUAGACAAAUUCCACGAAUCGGUAUCGAAGCACAAACAAGAAAUCAUAGACAAGAGAGACUUGAUAACACAAGAACAAACAAUAGCAAACAUUCUGCCAGAGACAAAGGAUACCACAGACAAAGCAACAAAAACUAACAUCAACGAGAAAAACGCUAUCAACCUACUAUUCCCAUACGGCAACACCGAACUAAAAAUCAAAAACGGACAAAUUGACCUCGAAAGCAUAGAGAAGAACAAAAGAGUGAUGUUAUCGAAAAUCAAAGAGAAAAUGCCAAAAGAGGAAUUAAAAAAACUAAACUGUUUCUCUAUGAACGAUGUAAAUAUUGAUGCUAAAGAUUACGUUAACGAGAAAAUUGUUAACGUAGGCUUCGAUAAAAGAGAGGCCUAUGAAAAGCUGUGUGCGAGGACAGAGGCCUUUGUGCCUUAUUAUGAAGAGGGUAGGAAGGGCAAAGGGUUCGAUUUUGACUACCAGCCUAAGUUAGAAGGACAUCCUGGACCAAGCCCUAGUGUUAUUCUACAGGCUCUAACAAUGUCUAACGCUAACGACGGCAUCAAUUUAGAACGAUUAGAGACGAUUGGAGACAGUUUCUUAAAGUUCGCCAUCACGGCGUACCUGUACUGCGCGCAGCCCACCGUGCACGAGGGGAAACUCAGUCAUAUGAGGAGCAAGCAGGUAUCGAACCUCAACCUAUACCGGUUGGGUCGCAACAAGCGUCUCGGCGCUCGUAUGAUCGCCUCGAAGUUUGAGCCUCACGACAAUUGGCUCCCACCCUGUCACAAACCACCUCCGACUUUACAUCCAAGACUGAACGGUGACGGCGUCGAUAUUAUGCAACAUUUAGAGACUCCGCUCGACUCCGCCGGUUGUUUCAUACCUUAUAAUUUGAUAACACAACAUAGUAUACCUGAUAAGUCCAUAGCGGAUUGCGUGGAAGCACUAAUAGGAGCGUAUCUAUUAGAGUGCGGACCACGAGGAGCGUUGCUAUUCAUGUCCUGGCUUGGUAUCCGAGUGUUGCCAUGCCAUCACGUCGAGUUGCCAGCCGACCAUCCGUAUGUGACGAGGCAGGAGAAGAAAAAGAUGGCGCCGCAGAAACCACCACCGCCUCCGACACCGAAGCGCAACCGCAGCACCUCCUCAUCAUCAGACUGUUCCUCCUCCGACGAGUGCCCUCUGCAGCAGCAGGAGGUGUUCCCUGAGGAGGACUGGUCCUGGCCGGGGAGAGCUGUGGGGUCGCUACAGCCUUAUAAGGAUGAUAGGGGGAGAUGGAUGCAGCCUAUAUUUGGUGAACUGAAGGCCCCUCCGUCGCCUCUCUUGAGGUACAUACAAGACCCGGAAGGGGAGCUAGAACAAAUGCUAUCAGGUUACGAUGCACUAGAACGCACUUUACAAUAUCGUUUUAAAGAUCGUUCGCUCUUGCUACAAGCAUUGACUCACGCCUCGCAUCAUAGCAAUCGUUUGACCGAUUGCUAUCAAAGAUUGGAGUUCCUAGGAGACGCCAUAUUAGAUUAUCUGAUUACGCGACAUCUAUACGAAGACCCCCGGCGUCACUCGCCGGGCGCCCUCACAGACCUCCGUUCAGCAUUAGUUAAUAAUACUAUCUUCGCGACAUUGGCUGCGAGACAUGGGUUUCAUAAGUACUUCCGGCAUAUGUCGCCGGGUUUAAACGAGGUUCUCACGAAAUACGUUAAAAUACAAGAAGAGAAUGGACACUCUAUUAGUGAAGAGCACUAUUUGAUACAAGAAGACGAGAUGGAACAGGCUGAGGAUGUUGAAGUACCCAAAGCUCUGGGAGACCUGUUCGAGUCGGUCGCAGGAGCCAUCUUCCUAGAUUCAGGAAUGUCUCUGGGGGCAGUCUGGAGAUCGUACGUGUCUCUAAUGGGGGCUGAGCUAGAAGCCUUCAGCGCGGCCGCCCCCAAGUCCCCGGUACGGGAGCUUCUAGAAGCUGAACCGGAUACGGCGACAUUCGGUAAACCGGAGCGUCUGGCGGACGGUCGCCGCGUGCGCGUGUGCGUGGAAGUGUUCGGGCGCGGCACGUUCAAGGGCGUCGGCCGCAACUACCGCAUCGCCAAGGGGACCGCCGCCCGCUGCGCGCUCAGGCAUCUGCGGGGGCUGCGCAGGUAGGCCCGGGACAUGGUCCUAGACCACUCUACUGGGUAGCUACAGUGUCAUCACAUGGACAAACGGAUAGCUGAGACAGAAUAAUGGCUAUGGGAUCCUAAAAAUGACAAGAAAUGCCACCGUCAUUAUCGUAGACAAUUUUACUGGCUAGCUACAGACGUGUAACAUGGACAGGCAUAUAAUUAAGACAUAGUAAUGGCUAUAAUAAUCUUAUAAAUGCUAUCAUCAUCGUCCUGGCCUUUUCCCAACUAUGUUGGGGCCAGUGUUUUACAAGGAGCGACUGCCUAUCUCACCUCCUCAACCCAGUUACCUGGGCAACACGAUACCCCUUCGUUCGACUGGUUGUCAGACUUGCCAGCUUCUCAAACCCGUGCAAUAGUCAGAGAUGUAUGAAUAACAGCCGAGACCCACAAUGUAAUGUAACGUUAUAUUGUGGGUGUAAAAAAUUCAGCUUAACUUCGAUCAACUUGUGCGAUUAAACCGUUGUUAAUGAGCUUGCUAAAGAUAAGUAAGAAUGCUGAAAAGAUUUAGGUAGCAGUGGUUUAAAUGAAAAGUUAAGUUAACUGUGGUUUUCGCUUUAAAAAGUUAACUAAAAUUUGUUUUGACUCGUGAAAGAUAUCUAACUUAGGUUUAACAAAAAUAAGGGUUACUUUAGACGAGUUUAAAAAACUUACAGUUGACUUAACUCUGGUUUAACAGACCUCAAUGAUUAUUAAAUGAUGUAAAGGUUUACUCACGCGUAUUUAUCGGGGUAACGAACGUCCCGCGAUCCCGCCGCGUCAGCUCAUCAUUAAGGACCCCGGUUGGGUCCGGAAUUAGUCGGGCGGUCCAGAUAAAUACGCGUGAGUAAACCGUUACAUCAUUUAAUAAUGAAUCAGUCUCACGAUAGUUAUUAUAAAAAGACCUCAAUGAUAGUAAGAUCUUGUUCUUAGACAGUUAAGUCAAUGACUUCCAAUUUAAACUAAGCCAAUGUUAACACGUCUUAGUUAAUCCUUUGGAAAUAUAUAAGUAUGUUUAUCAGUUGUCUAGUACUCAUAAUACAAGCUUUGCUUAGUUUGAGACUAGAUGGCGUUGUGUGAAAGCUGUGGAAUUACUUACUCUAAAUGUAUAUUAAGGGCCGAUUUUUCAAUCAUCACUUAACUUCUAUCUGAGGAAUAUAUAUGGCCGUUUGACAUAUUUUCUA